AUCAUACUUUUCUUUCUAUGUCUCGCAUCUUAAUAUCUAAACCAAGAAAGAAACUAUAUUCACAGGGCUAAAAGAUGGCUGCCUUAUUUGGCUCUCCACCAUUUCUUUCCCACCCACUAACAAGAACUGCCCACAUAUCAUCAUCAUCAUCAUCACAAACACCUCCACCAAGUCAACCUCCACAACCGCAAUCACAAUCACCACAACUAAGCACAAAUUUAUCAGAGCAGCCAACACCAAUACCAGUCAAAGUGCAACAACAAAAGCCUACGACCAAAGUUGAAACCACAGACUGGAUAGCUUCCAACUUGACACGGCGGUUUGGCCUCGGUGCUGGCCUUGCUUGGGCUGGCUUUCUUGCAUUCGGUGUUGUUUCAGAGCAGAUUAAGACCCGCCUUGAAGUUUCACAACAAGAAGCAAAUACAAGAGAUGUUGAGAAGGAAGAAGAGGUAUUACUGCCUAACGGAGUAAGGUACUUUGAGUUGAGAGUUGGUGGUGGUGCUUCUCCAAGGCCAGGGGAUUUGGUGGUGAUUGAUCUCAAAGGAAAAAUAGAAGAGAGUGGUCAAGUGUUUGUUGAUACAUUUGGAGACAAGAAGCCUUUGGCUUUAGUAAUGGGGUCAAGGCCUUACAGCAAGGGAAUAUGUGAAGGGAUAGAAUUUGUACUGAAAUCUAUGAAGGCAGGAGGGAAAAGAAAAGUUAUAGUCCCUUCUAAUUUAGGGUUUGGAGAGAAUGGUGCUGAUUUAGGUUCUGAUGUGCAAAUUCCACCAUUUGCCACCCUUGAGUACAUUGUUGAGGUUGACAAAGUUUCUAUUGCACCAGCUUGAUUUUUCCAAUAGAGCAAACAAUUAGUAUAUAAUUAGCUUCUGGUUCAAAACAUUUUAGAUUUUCCUUUUCCUUUA